GGAAGAGCCAGAGGACUUCAAACGGUCAUGGCUGAGUGUAGUGGACGGGUGUUGUGAGUCGCUCUCGGAUUAUUAGAGAUAAUCUGUGAUUGUUAAGGCUAUGAAGUGGAGUGUUGUGGUUUUAGGGUGUUGUGGAAUGUUGCAGUGAAGUGUGUUGCGAUGGACGGUACAAUGUUGCCUCGCAGUGUGUUGAUACGGCGUGCAGCUGUAGCCCUGGUGGCUGCAGUAGCCGUGGUGUGUGUGAAUGCCGAGGUGUUGCCUGAAAUUAUGUACAGUGUGGCAGUGCCGCACGAUGUGGCACCCGCUCACAUCGUUCACAAAAUCAAGUUGAAAGAGGGACAGGUCGUGAACCGGUUGAUGGAUACUCAGUACUCCGAUUACUUUGCGGUGUUGGACAACGGCGAGGUGAUGACGGUGGCCAAGCUGGUGCCGCUCUUGGGGAAGACGGUGACCCUCCGGGUGGCGACCACCUUCGAGGGCGGGGACAGCCAGGUCUAUGUGAUCAGGGUCGCCGUCAAGGACCACCAGACUAUGCUUCGGUUUCUCAAACCAGAGUACGACGCCACCGUGUAUGAGAGUCUGCCCGCGGGCACGGAGUUGCAAGGCCUGGACGAGAUGGAGGCCAUGGGCGAGGAGGAUGUCAAGUACGAGCUGUUGGGCGGCCACUCCGUGUUUGCACUGCACCACGUGGGCGGCAUCCCGACGGUGGUGACCCGCAAGAGUCUGGAUAGGGAGGCACAGGACAUGUACAAGCUCACCCUGCGCGCCCACGACAAGGAGGGCAUGGACAUGGCGGAGGCCAAGAUCAACGUCCACAUCCUGGACAUGAACGACCACGCGCCGGUGUUCACGCAGAACAUGUUCUACUUCUUCGUGCCACUCAACGUGACGAGGUUUGACAAGAUCGGCCGCGUGACAGCUCACGACGGCGACGGCGACGUGGUGGUGUACCGCCUCGCCUACCCGUCCAACACGUUCACCAUCGUGCCGCAGACGGGCGAGAUCAUGCUGAUCGAGCCCCCGGAGACCAUGGUGUACGAGCUGGAGCUGGAGGCCUUCGACAAGCGCAAGCCCACCCUGUACUCCGACACCCUGGCCAAGGCCCACAUCGAGUUCCGUUACCCUGGCGACUCCCUCUUCACCGGAGAGACCAACGACGUGGACUAUGACCUGUACCCCGAGCACGCGCUCUCCAAGCGCAGUGCCACCAGGGUCAAGCGAGGCCAGCUCAGGCACACGAAGGAACUGGUGUUCUCCGAGGCCGACGGGGCCGUCGAGGGCAAGGUUGUGUUCCAACUCGAGAAAGAGAUUCAAUGGGAAACGUUUAAGAUCCGCGACGACAACCCCUGGGUCGAAGUGGACGCUAACGGUGCCGUGCGCGUCAAGAAGAAGUGGGACUACGAGGAGCUCGGUCCUGAGAAGACCAUCGAUUUCUGGGUGACCAUCACGAACAACGAUCGUAAUGGUGAGUACAGACCCUUCUUUAUUUCCACCUCCUUUCAGAAAGCCGGAUCGAAACUGCGGAAUAGAGGAAGGCGAUUCGUCACGAGGAUGGUGGGCGUCUUAGAUGAGUGGGCUGGGCUUCAUAGUGUGAUCAUCUGCUAG